GGAUGAGGUUGCUCUUCGGCAGCAACUGCGAAUGCGUGCGAUGGCCAUGUCAGACGGGCUUUCUAUGUCACCGGACGAACGUGGCAUGAGUGGUCUCAUGACAUCUCCUGUUCGUCACGACGGACGCGGCCAUGGCAGUCCAGGUCCCUCCAUAGUCAGUUCUGUGGAUAAUGAGACGGUGGGGUGCCGUUCGUCAACGCCCCCAGAAGCACUGUCGGCGAUUCGCCACGCGAGUUUCCCACUGUCACCUGAGCCGAUCCCUCGAGAUGGUUCACCGCAGCCGCCUAGAGCACGAACCGGGUCACCGGAGUACGUCAUCAACCGCAUCAUUCGGGACAAUGAAGCUGGUGUCCCAUCGGUGGAGUGGCCAACGAGGACGGCGGUCGAAGGCGAUGCAGUUGCAGAUCCGACGGCCGCAGGGCGCAGCCCUCCCCCACGUGUGCCGUUUGAAGGUCUGAACACCCCGUCUCCGGUCGCUGCGCCGUCCACCUCGCAGCACACUCCAUGCAGUGUGGAGAACUCGGCGGGCACGUCGACGGCACAGCCAUCCAAAGGCCCCCCAACACGACCACCGAAUGAAGUGAAGAGUCUUCUGGGGGAAGAGACAGAGCCGUUGGGUCACGCGAGGCUGAAAACAGGUUUCUGGAAGGAUGUGGAGCAGCGCAUGAAGGGGAAGGGCUUCAACCGUAAUGCUGAUCAGUGCAAGAACAAGUUCAACACACUCCUCGACUACUACCGAAGAUUGAAGGCGCACGAAGGCUGGUCUGGUUUGCCGAGUUACUGGGACAUGAACGCAUCGAGGCAGAAGAAGUACAACAUCGACUUCGUUCUCCGUCGGGCGGCGUAUGACAUCAUACACCCAGUGGAGAAAGACAAGGACUCCAUUAAUCUGACGAAUUUGAUGGAAUCAGGGGCGGAUGAGGAGCAUCUUGAGGACAGUGAGAGGUGCAAUGACGUUGAUGGUGAGACGGAAGGAGGGAGUGAAGACCCGGCGACCGGGUCGGGCAGUUCACCGGGGCUUGGGAAUUCACGACGAGGGCCGCAUUCAACGGGCUUCGAUCCCGUGCUCGGUAAACGAAGGAGAACUGCCACGAAUGCACGCGAGUCGAGUAUGCAGGCUAUAACAGGUGCUAUGCGUGAUCACACCACUGCUCUGACACGUUCUGACAGGGAGUGCGUGAAGAUGCGUUGCGAAGCGACACGUGACAUCGCAAGGCACCAGGCUGAGCUACAUCGGGAAUUUAUGCAGCAGGACAUUGCGUCACGUGAGAGGAUAGCCACUAUAACUGGGGACAGGGUGGAGAAGGGUUAUCUUCUUCUUGCAGAUGCCAUCCGAAGUGUGCGUCCUCGUAGGAACAGUCCAUCUUCUGGGUCGGAUAGCAGCGAUUCGCGGUAGUUGUGCUUGUAUUUAUGCGUGGAAGUUGGUCUUGUCAUAUAUGGUGUUCUCAGAGUUCAAUUUUUGUUGCUCGUCUCCUACUUUAAACGUUGCGUC